UCCGAGUGGGUUUUGCUUGGGCGGCGGAUCGGCGGCGGGAAGCGGUGCGGGACCCCGGGGAAGGCCGGCCCGGCCCAGCCAGGCGCUCACCCCUUCCUCUCCGCACCAGCCCCCGCGGCGCCUCGGCCCGGCCGGCCUAGCUCGGCCGCGGGCGGGCAGAGGGGCGGUGGCAGGAGGGCGGGGAGCGGGGCCGCGGUUGGGACCCCGCGCCCGGUGCGGGCGGCGCGGCAGCGGAUGUGCUGCUGGCGCGGGGGGAUGAUGCUGGCGGGGCCGCAGCUGGUGGCGGGGCCGGCGGCGCCGGGCGGGGAGCGGGCCCGGCUGCUCUCCCUCUACGUGCAGGACUACCUGGAGUGCGUGGAGUCGCUGCCGCUGGACAUCCAGCGCAACGCCUCGCUGCUGCGGGAGAUGGACACGCAGUGCCAAGGAAGAAAAGUUGAGAAGUCAAACUGUGACCCACUCAUUACUAGUUGCUUAAAAAUAUCCUGUGAUGCACUGAACAAAGCGUUAAAAGAAAUAGAUGAUGUCUAUGAAAAAUAUAAGUCAGAAAAUGAUCCUGUUCAGAAGAAACGCUUGCAGCAGCAUCUUCAACGUGCAUUAAUCAACAGCCAAGAACUUGGAGAUGAGAAGAUUCAGAUAGUCACUCAGAUGCUAGAACUGGUAGAGAACAGAGCCCGGCAAAUGGAAACACACUCUCAGUGUUUUCAAGAUCUGUCUGAGAGCGAAAAGCCUCUAGAAAAGGCAAAGAUGGAGUCCUGCCAGCCAGAGAGAUCUUCACGUAGACCUCGUCGCCAGCGCACCAGCGAAAGCCGUGAUUUGUGCCAUGUAGCAAAUGGUAUCGAUGACUGCGAUGAUCAGCCACCUAAAGAAAAAAGAUCCAAAUCUUCCAAGAAGAAAAAACGCUCCAAAGCCAAACAAGAGAGAGAGGUUUCACCUGUAGAAUUUGCAAUCGAUCCAAAUGAACCAACUUAUUGCUUAUGCAACCAAGUGUCUUAUGGCGAAAUGAUAGGAUGUGAUAAUGAACAGUGUCCUAUUGAGUGGUUCCACUUUUCAUGUGUUGGACUCACCUACAAACCAAAGGGGAAGUGGUAUUGCCCCAAGUGCAGAGGAGACAAUGAGAAAACAAUGGACAAAUGUACUGACAAAUCAAAAAAGGAUAGAAGAUCGAGGUAGUGAAAGCAAUUCAUGUUUUAAAGAGUUGCUCCUUUUAUAUUAAAAUGUUAAAUUUCCAGAGAACACUGUUUUAGGAAAUGCAUAAGACUAUGCAAUAAUUUUUAAUCUAUAAUAUUAAUGGAGUAUUAAAAGCUGUUAUACCUUCUGUGAUCUUUAACUUUCUGCACUGAAUAACCAAAUAAUUGAAACAGGGUGGCUUCAGACCUUCACAGAAGACAUUACAAGCAUAUGGCGCUUGGUUUCAAUUUAACCUGUUAGUAUUUUAAAGAACCUUGUGAAUCUUGAAAUGGUGGUGGGAAAGAUAUUGAAGAACUUUUCAUGUUAUGGGAAAGUCAUUGAAAGGCCUCACAUAACUGCUUGAGUCUUAACAACUGAAUUUGUUCUUUUUCCCAGGUCUUAAGUUUUCAGUUUUUGUGUUAACAUCACACAUUUGGAAUUAGGAUUUUUGAGUUCAGCUGUAACUGUAAAAGUCUUCCCAGCUAAAAGCAGACCUCUUCAGUGACUUUCAGUAUGUUACUUCAAGGAAGAAAAUACCACUAACUUAAGCUUUUUUUUGGUCAUUAUUAAACUCAUGUCUUUGUGACUUUA